AUGUCGACUCCAGGAAAUGCUAUGGACUCUCUAAGUGCUGCUUUGAAGUGUAAUAUAAUACCAAAUCAGGAGUAUCUUCUUCAGGGUUCUGUCCUGGAUCAAUAUGUAGAAGUUUUGUUACACCGUUUAAGAGGUUUAUGCGAUAAUGUUGAUAGUGGACCUGAAACGUUUCACGACCAUGAAAUAUGUUUUUCGUUAAGAAUACCCAAUUCAGGCGCAACAACGUCGAUGCCAAUGUCAGUAUUUUCACUUAGAGUUCGCAGAGCCAUAGAUGUAACCGAUACCCCAUUUCAACUCCGAUAUAUAGGUCAACAGGAACUGGGUGACAAAAAUCGACCAACAGUGGUUCGUUCUAGUAUAGAUAUGGCUUGCAGCUCUUCAAUUAUCGAAUUUCUCAAUGAGUUAGGGUGCAGGAUAGAUUUUGAAUAUAUCGCCAGGGGUUACAUGUUUAGAAAAGGUAGAAUGAAGAUUACAGUUUCAAAGAUAUUCAAAAUGGGUAGUAAUAAGCAAGAAAGUGUUGAACCUAUUUCACAAAGUUACAUAGUUGAAUUAUCAGUAUUGGCACCAUCUGGUCAGGAUUCUAUUGGUGAAGACAUGAGAAUAUUUGCAGAGCAAUUGAGGCCUCUCGUGCAAUUAGAGAAAAUAGAUUAUAAACGGUUGAGUAAUAUGAUGUGA